AUGGUGGGGCUCGAAACCCAGGUUCAUCGGGAGGGAGCUGGUCAAAGGGAGCCGGCAAUCUUCAUUAAGAGGCCUUUAUGCAAAGCAAUCAAAGUAAUGAAUUUGGGUCGGGAGGACCUGGGCAACUUCCAUUUUUGGAAGGGAGUGAUUGGGGAGUUCAUCGCCACCACUCUCCUCCUUCUCUCAGUCCUGACGGGGGGCACAUUUGACAGCGCAUGGGGAGAGGGGGGAGGAGCCUACUUCGCAUACUGCAUCGCAUUCGGAUUCUCAUACAUGACGCUAGUCUACGCGUUCAAUGAUAUCAGCGGGGGUCACGUGAACAAUGCGGUCAGUUUCGCCAUGUUUCUCAUGGGCAGGAUCUCUGCCAUCCGCUGCAUAUGCUACACGGUGGCCCAGGUGGGAGGAGCUGCCAUGGGAUCACUCAUCAUUCAAAAAAUCUGGAACGAUAAUGACUAUGCGUGUGGGAAGAUAGAACUGCUGAAAGACAACCAUCUGCUGGUGGCUGUGGAGACUCUGUUCACCAUGCUCCUCAUUCUGGUCGUUCUAGUCGCCGCAGAAGCGGAUAGGUCAAGCACCAUCAAGCUGUUAGAAGAAUAG